CCUCCCUCCCUCUCCACGGUGUCUCCCUUCCCGCAGCGGCCGCUUCGCCUUGUUUUGCGCGCGGAUGGAGCUGAGCUGCGGCGUCGCGGGGAGGAACGGCGGCGGCGGCGGAGGCGGCUCCACCAUCGGCGGCAACAGCAGCGGCAGUGGCGGCGGCGGCGGCGGGCAAACGACGGCCACGCCGCCCAGCCUCGCAUCUUCCUCCUCCUCCUCCUCCUCUUCCUCCUCCGCCGCCGCCGCCGGCGGGCUCCUGAUGGACGGCGAGGGUCCCUGCGAGGAGGACUACGAGAGCCUGCCCACCAACGCCUCCCUCUACACGCACAUGACGGCCGGGGCGGUGGCCGGCAUCCUGGAGCACACGGUCAUGUAUCCCGUGGAUUCCGUCAAGACUCGGAUGCAGAGUUUGCAACCUGACCCCAAAGCUCAGUACCGGAGCGUCUUUGAGGCCUUGAGGAAGAUUGUCUGCACGGAAGGCCUCUGGAGACCGCUGCGAGGAAUUAACGUCACCGUCUUGGGAGCCGGCCCGGCCCACGCCUUGUACUUUGCCUGCUACGAAAAAAUGAAAUGCACUUUAAGUGAUAUUAUUCAACAUGGAGGCAACAGCCACCUGGCCAACGGCAUGGCUGGAAGUAUGGCUACCCUUCUUCAUGAUGGUGUCAUGAAUCCAGCAGAAGUCGUGAAGCAGCGCAUGCAGAUGUACAAUUCUCCGCACAAGACAGUCACGGAGUGCAUCCGGACGGUGCAUCGGACUGAAGGCUUGGGGGCCUUUUACCGCAGCUACACCACCCAGCUCACCAUGAACAUUCCUUUCCAAGCCAUUCAUUUCAUCACCUACGAGUUCAUGCAGGAGCAGAUCAAUCCCCAGCGGCAAUACAACCCUCGCUCGCACAUCGUCUCGGGGGCCUUGGCGGGAGCCGUGGCGGCGGCUGCGACCACCCCCUUAGACGUUUGCAAGACUUUGCUCAAUACCCAGGAGAACCUGGUGUUGAGUUCCGUCAACAUUAGCGGGCACCUCUCUGGCAUGGCCAACGCCUUCCGAACAGUCUAUCAGCUGGGAGGAGUCACCGGGUAUUUUAAAGGAGUCCAAGCUCGUGUGAUCUACCAGAUGCCUUCGACGGCCAUCGCCUGGUCUGUCUACGAAUUUUUCAAGUAUGCCCUUACCAAACGCCAGUUGAAGAAAGGCGCGCCUUGCUGAUGGAUUGCCCGUAGCAACUGCAGACAAGAUCUCUAGAGAAAGCUGUUGGCCUCUCUCUCUCUCUCUCUCUCUCUCUUUCUCUCCGUGUGUAAACCAGGUUCUUUAUAGCCAUUUGUAAAGAUAGCUGGUGGAUCCCUGACUGGAUUACCCGUGUGUGUUUGUGUGUGCGUGGCCCAAAGGGUGUGCUUUGGAGAGGAGGUGGCUCGUUUUCCCUCAUCCUUCUCCUGCUUUUGCUAAAUCAAAAUGUUUACUCUUUUAGACCUGUAUUUAUAGUUUUCUAGGGUGUUGAUAAGUGUGAUGAGAUUUGUACAAGUUUGUACUUAUUUUUUCACUGGAAUGCUUGGGGCAAGGGUGUGUGGGGGGGGCUCACCUGGGGAGGGUCGCGUAUUGGGGGAAGACAAAUGCUUUUUGCUUUGGGCAGCUUUUCCCAAAAGGUUGACGAUGCCUUUAAACCUAACAGAGACAAUGAUGCGAUGGAUAAAAUAGAUGGAUAAUGUUUAUCCUUUAUUUUUCUAUUAUUUUUUUAAAGAGAGAAAAGAAAAAUCGUGCCAGGGUGACUGCUUUGUGAAUUUUAAAAGGGCUUUACUGUUUUUGUUGUUCCAUUGGUAGAGAAGAGUAUUUUUCUCCUAAACUAGAAUAGCGCCAAGCACAUCUGGUCUGAUAUUAUACUGGCUGUUAAAUUUUUUUCCCUUUUCCUUCCAAUAUACUUGAAAGGUUUUCAGAUGGGGGGGAUGUCUGUGUGGGGCGGAGGGUGGGAUGGGGAGGGAUCAGAAAAAUUCAGAUUAUGGCUCUUAUGAUCAAUGAACAGUCUUUUUGUGUAGAUGGGAUGCUGUGCUGAAAUACACACCAAAAAGGAGCUUGGUUUUGUUUGUGUGGCAACAGCUAUGGAUGUCACCUUGACUUUUGUCACUGUUACACACACACGCACACAAACACACUCCAGAUGCUUUUGUUUCAGACUCUGGAAAUCCCAAGGUUUUAUGUUAUAUUUUCCCCUCCUUAAGCAUGUCUGAACUGGGCUGCUUCUGAUAAUAACCACUCAAAACCCCUUUUUUUUGGUCACGCUUUAGCAGGUGUUAAACCUCUGAAGGUACUCCAAUGAAUUGCAUCUCGUUUUUGGAUUGUCAUUGUGGUCUUUAAUUUAUUUCCGCUUCUCACCUCCCUUCUCUCUAGCCCCCCCUAAGCCAGACAUACUACGAUACACAAGUAUAUUGCACUCGUAUGUAAAGGAACACUCAAGAAGCGUGCUCAGGAAUGGGGGCAUCAGGUUUACAUUUCUGCAAUAAAGCUCGCCUCAAAUUGCUUCUCCCAAAAAAUACUGACAGCCAUUCACGGGAGUUCCAUUUUGGCAUUGAAAACCCUUAGUGAAGGAAGGGUUUCGAGUCCAGCUUGCCUCCAAAGUUAAGAAAAAAGAGAAAUGAGGCUGAAAUGUUGCAUCUAUGAGCAUCCCUUUUCAGGUACUUAAAAUGAAGGUGAACAGAGUAAUUUUAGCGCUUGGAACAAAUUGGGUGUGCCACUAUGAAAACUAACUAUGCUAACUAAUAAUCUAAGACAGUGGCCCCCAAACUUUGGGCACCAGGGACAGGUUCUGUGGAGAGAGAUUUUUCCGUGGGCUGGAGGGGACGUGGUUUUGUGUGCUGCCUGCAUCCCAUGGAUGGGGCUUGUUUACAUGGCCCUGUUUCUGGCAGGGCCCCAGUACCAGACCCCUGUUCGGAGGCAAAGGUUUUUAAAAAUAACCUGUCCUUGCACACACCAUGCAUUUAAUGGGAAUGGUGCCGGGGUGAAAUGCUACCAGUUUGGACCGGUUCGGGCGAAAUGGCAGUAAUAAAAGCUACCAGUUCAAGUGAAACGGUAGUAAAAAAAUGCUACCAGUUCACCCAAACUGGUGUUUCCAAUGAUCAGCUGUGCCGCGCGAUUUAUAUUCGCUAGAAAGCAGGAAAUCCUGCUUUCUAGCGAAUCUAAAUCAUGCGGCGCAGCUGUUCUGCUCACCUUACUGUUCUACUUACCUUCUUAAGUCUCCUUUUUCGGUGCUGUGUGUGCACAGCAAACUAAUAGCAGAUCUGGAGGAUUUCACCGGUGUCCAGGGUUAUCUGUGAUUAUCUGUGAUCUCCUUUUGUGUAUAAGGGCAGAAACUUAAUCUUAAAAGCUCGAAUUGCAAAUGUUGACUACUUAAUCAGGAUGCUUUCAGAAAAUGUAGUUUCCCAGCCCUGAUGGAAAUGAAACAAAACAAUAACUCAAGAAAUAUUUCCUUGGUGACUUCAGGAAAUACUACUGCUUGCAGUAAAUAUUGUAAAGAUUGACAUCAAUAUUUUCCAACUGGGCUUUUUCCCCGCCAACUGGGCCUAGAUUGCAGUGGAGAAUUCCCAACCGGGCUUGAGAGAAAAAACGUCUUCAUAACCAACUAUGUUCUAUUCCAAAUACAGAGUUUACAACGCCAGUAGAUUUUAAGUCAUUACAUUAUAUUUGCAGGCUUUGAAAAAGGUUAAAAAAAAAUAAAAAGCAGAACCAGGUUUAAAUCGGGGUUUUUCAAACUUGGCAAUUGUAAAAUGAGGGGGUUUCAACUUCCAGACAUCCACUCACCUUGAAAUUGCUAAGUUUGAAGAAGCGCUGCUUUUAAAAGUUCAUUGUACUUAAGGACUGACUUCCAGCUUGUUAAAUAGAACUGUUCUUUGACGAGUGUCAGAUUGAAAAGCCUAACUUUAAAACACAAAACGAAUAACUUCCCCUGCCUGCUGCUUUUUGGCCUUAGAAAUAGUCCCCAAAUAAUGUACCCACCAAGAUUCUUCCAUAGAGUUCUCUUCCUAAAAGUGGACUGGAUUGAACAUAGAUGGCGAUAUGUAGGAGGGUGAAUAUGAGUUAGGGGUGGAAGGAACAGCAGAUAGUUCAGUUGCUCUCCAUCUGGGUGAGCCAUUUUUGUUUUCUAAACCAGGGGUCUGUAACCUUGGCAACUUUAUAAGACUUGUGGACUACAAGUCCCAGUGUUCCUCAGGCAGCGAAGCUGGCUGAGGAACUCUGGGAGUUGCAGUCCACAAGUCUUAAAGUUGCCAAGGUUGGAGACUCCUGUUCUAAACCUUUCUCAUCGUUGCCUAUCUUUAUGGGGACAGCCUCAGAUUUAGCACCGUCUAGCCUGCUCAGAAUGCAACCUAUUAACCUUUUUCCUUAAUAAGGAGGAACUGAUUACGAAUCAAUGUCUUGAAUGAGUUCCCUGAUUAUUAUUUUUUUUAAAAAAUAUGUGCUUAUAAGCUAAAUCCGAAUGUGUAAGUUUUACCCUGGAAGUAUGUUGGACUUGAAGUAUUUGCAGGGAAAAUUCACAGCGGGCGACAGCAAGGCCUGUCUGAAUUCUGAGUGGGUUGGUUAUUUUUUUUUUUCCUAACAACAACAACAACCGCAAAAAAAUGCGUAACUGAAUACACAAUGCAGGUAGUCCUCGAUUUACAAUAGUUUGUUUAGGGACCGUUCAAAGUGACGGCGGCUUACCGCCGUUUUUCACUAUUAUGACCUUUGCCGCAUUCCCCUGGUCACUUGAUCAAAAUUCAGACGCUUGGCAACUGGUUCAUAUUUAUGACGGUUGCUUUGUCCUGGGGGGGGGGUCAUGCGAUCCCCCUUUUGCGACCUUCUGACAUGCAAUGUCAACGGGGAAUCCAGAUUCGCUAAACAACCGUUUUUACUAGCUGAUCAGCUGCAGUGAUUCACUUAACAGCUGUGGCAAGAAAGGUUGUAAAACGUGGGGCACUUUGGGCUCAAUUGUGGUAGUAAGUCGAGGACUAUCUGUAGUACCUAAAACGCCUGCGGUCUGAAUCGUCCUUUUCUGCUGCAUUGAGCCCCUCUGUGUGCUGGGCUAGAAGUCUCUACUAGAGGGGUGUCAAACUCUACGUCCUGGGACCAGAUUCGGCCCACGGGGCUACCCUGGAAACAGUGAAGGAGCGGUCUGCAGUGCCUCUGCCAGCAAAAAUGGAAUGUCCGGGUUCCAAGUAACAUAAAAGAUGGCUUCCAGGCCUUACACGGAGCUUCGAACGGCACUGUGUGGACCUCCUGUGCUCCCUUUUCUCUGACGACAGGAGGCUGUCGCAGCCGAAACGGAGCUCGGGAGCUCAUUUUUGUUGACAGAGCAGUUGGGCCACCACAGGUGCCCCCGACACACGAGUGACAUCGAGCUGGCCACGCCUACCAUGGCCACGCCCACCAUGGCCCCCCAAGGUGAAACACAGCCUUGAUGCGGCCCAAAUCGAGUUUGACAUCCCUGCUCUACUAAGAUACGACAUCCAAUAGCAGCUCCCGCCAAAGGCCCUUUAAAAAGUGAAGAGAUUCUGCAAAUGUCGAAGUACGGAUUCCGCUGCUUUGUAUGCUACAGACGCACAUUUUUAAAGUGAUUUUUUUUGUUUAUUGGAAAGCUGACAUUUGCCGUUUGAAAAUUGCCUUCUUAUACAUUUAGCAAUGUAGACUUUUUACCAGGAAUGUUUGUACGUGUAUAUAUACAAUCAUGCUUGUGCGCGUGCACACACAAACACACACUUAUACCCAGCAGAAGAAAAUAUGUUUUGAAAUGCUGCUACAGUUAAAACACUGGGGCUCAAGUAAUAAAAAAAAAUGUGUUUGAUUUAUUAGAUCAA